UGGUGGCACAGGUCACGUGACGGGGGCGGGGGUGGCGGCGCGGUCCCCUCUACUGGGACCCGCUACCAAAGCCGAGAGGGGAGGGGGGCUCGGCCUCGGGCGGGGGUAGGUGACAUGUCUCUCGAAGACCCGUUUUUUGUUGUCCGCGGUGAGGUGCAGAAGGCGGUGAACACGGCCCGCGGGCUGUAUCAGCGCUGGUGCGAGCUUCUGCAAGAGGACGCGGCGGUCGGCCGCGAAGAGCUGGACUGGACGACCAAUGAGCUGCGGAAUGGCCUUCGCAGCAUCGAGUGGGACCUCGAGGACCUGGAGGAGACCAUCGGCAUAGUGGAAGCCAACCCAGGAAAGUUCAAGCUCCCAGCCGGAGACCUGCAGGAGAGAAAGGUGUUCGUGGAGCGGAUGCGGGAGGCAGUCCAGGAUAUGAAGGACCAUAUGGUCAGCCCCGCAGCCAUAGCCUUCAUGGAGAGGAAUAAUAGAGAGAUGCUGACGGGCAAGCCAGCUGCCCAGAAGUCAUCCAGCGACCUGCUGGAUGCCAGCAUGGCCUCGGUCACCUCUCGUUACAUUGAGGAGCAGCAGGCCACACAGCAGCUGAUCAUGGACCAACAAGAUCAACAGCUGGAGAUGGUGUCUGGGAGCAUCCGGGUUCUGAAACACAUGUCCGGCCGUGUUGGGGAGGAGCUGGAUGAGCAGGGCAUCAUGCUGGAUGCCUUCGCUCAUGAGAUGGACCACACCCAGUCCCGGAUGGAUGGGGUCCUCAGGAAGAUGGCCAAAGUAUCCCACAUGACAAGUGACCGCCGACAGUGGUGUGCCAUUGUGGUGCUGCUGGGGGUGCUUCUUCUGGUUCUCAUCCUGCUCUUCUCUCUCUGACCCCGGCCCUCCCGAGGGCGCUGGUCCGUCUAGCAGGGAGAGCUGGCAAGGUCCUGCCCCCUCUGGGAGAAAGGGUUCCUUCCUCGGGAGCUGUCCCAAGGUUCUCAUCCAGAGCCAGUGGGGCCUUCAGGGCCCUGGGCCAGAGCCCCUGUCACUGGGCCUGUCUCAAGUGCGCUUAGGAGGUGGUGGAGGCAGGGGAAUCUCAGACACACUCCUCCGCAUUUCCACUCUAAUGUCCCAAACUGUUUGCUCCUGUGCCUUCUACACAUGCCAAUUUGGAAAUAAAAUCCCAGCCUUUUUUUUUUUUUUUAUACACA